AUGAACUACCAACCCAUCCAAGCCGCACACAACCACCAGCACUUGGUCCCACCUCGGAGUCGGAAGUGCAACCUGCUCCUGCUCACCCUCAUCCCAAUCAUCUUCUGUCUCUCCUCACUCAGCUUCAUUGCCUUCAAGCAAUCCCAGUCAUCUCAACCAACACUAAUAUCAUCUCCCUCACUCUACUCACUCAAACUGUUCGACCAUCACCAGCUCAAAUCUCAGGCCAAACAACUCUCAUCUGACCUACUCAGCUGGCUCGACUCCGUCCACAACCCACUCCGACUACCUUAUUCUUCAACCUCUGACUACGACUCUGACCAGGAUAACCCGCUCCUCAAUUCACCCAACGACCAGUCUCCUCGUCCAAUCCUACCCCUCCUCCUCAACUCACGCCAAUCCUGGAAAUCAAUCCUACACUCUCAGCCACUCUCUCUCCAACAGGCCCGGCUGGACUAUGAACAGAACUUCCAUCCACUCCAACCACCUCCCGGCUUCGAUCAAUGGUUCCAAUUCGCACGGCUACAUAACUUCACCCUCAUCAACCGAUUCGACAGCCUCAUGUCUGAUCUCGAACCAUUUAGAAAGCUAGCCCCCACCGAACUGAGCCGUCGCACUCAAGAACUCGUCAAGAUCCCCGGCAUCACCCUCGUGAAAAUUAACCCAGACUCGAGCGUCCAAACUAGCUCGCCCAGUGGUCGAUUUGCUGCCGGCCAUGCAUUACAACAGAUCAUCGAUCGCAUACACUCUCAAUCCGACUUCAAACUCCCUGCACUCGAACUAGCCAUCAAUGAAAAUUCUGAAGCAAGAGUCUUACCUCGACAGACCCGUCCACUAGCAGGCGAAGAAUUCAGCUAUCUCUCCGAUGAGGAUCGAAAACUCUACGACCAGCAAGAUCCGGAAAAGAAGCCUUCGCUGGCUGGAUUCAAACCUCAAUGGGGGCAAGAUGGGAACGUAUGGGAUGCCUACCGGCGUGCCUGUCCCUCUGACUCUGCCGCACGACGUCUGGUAGAGACCAUCCGAUCAGCUGAAUCUCUUACGGGUGCCGUGGCUGCUGGUGGUGGACUAUCAGAGCUAACCUUCCUGUGUGAACUCGAAUCAGCCGCCUCAUUCUGCGAACGGCCAUCGACUCAUCGGCUCCACUCUGCCUUCUUUGCCGACCAACGCUCAAUAGAACAUCUCUAUCCACUCUUCUCACCCUCAAAACCUCAAGGCUUCGCUGAUAUCCUCAUACCAUCCUAUUAUCAUUAUUCCCCAAGGGCCGAAUUUGUUUACGAGUCUGAUUAUAAAUCCGGUCGGAACCCGACUCCAGCCGAUAUUCCAUGGAAUCAAAAGGCUAACAAGAUGUAUUGGCAUGGGAAACUUACCAGGGGUGCUGACACACCACCCGGCCACACGAGUAGCUUCCAGAAACAGCGGCUGGUCAAGUUGACCGAUCCAUCGUGGCGCUCAGAAACAAGUCGAGUCCUGGUUUCCCUCAACGUCACCUCCGAAAACUUACUCUCCGUCUCUGCACCGGCAACGGUCGUCGACCCACUCAUGCUGGAUAUCGCCAUGGCAUGUGAUCCCAAAGCUGGGGAAUGCCACGAACUCCUCAAGCAGGGAUAUCACAUCCAACCACCCGCACCAUUGAGCGAAUGCUGGAAGGCCAAAAUGACCUUAGAUCUCGAUGAUGCUGGCUUCUCCUCUCGGUUCAGUGCCCUGAUGGAAAGUCACAGCGCGGUGGUCAAAAUGAGUGUCCAUCAGGAGUUCUGGCGAGAUUGGGUACAACCCUGGUAUCAUUCCAUUCCGCUCUCGUCGUCUUACGCGGAAUUGCAUAACUUGGUCAAUUUUUUCAUGGGCUGCUUCCGAUCAAAAAAGAGUCUAGACAAGAAGCUUGGAAAGUGCUCAGUGAUUCUUGGAAAGCGCUCAGUGAUUCCUGAUGGGAACCAGCAGCAGCAAUUCUUUCCUAUUCCAUUUGCCAAAAAACAGCAUGCUAUAGGCUCCAAUGCCAAGGCUUGA